CCCUGGGGGAUGAUGUCUGAGUCCCUGUGGACAGCGCUCUCCAAUUUCUCUAUGCCCGAUUUCCUUGACAGCAGCAUGUUUCGUCGCACAAAAAGCUGCCGAACCAGUAACAGAAAGAGCCUGAUCCUGACAAGCACAUCGCCGACGCUGCCACGGCCUCACUCUCCACUCCCAGGUCAUAUUGGUAGCAGCCCUCUUGACAGCCCUCGGAACUUCUCCCCCAAUACACCAGCUCACUUUUCCUUUGCUUCUUCCCGCAGGGCAGAUGGCCGGCGUUGGUCCUUGGCUUCUUUGCCAUCAUCUGGAUAUGGAACCAACACACCCAGCUCCACUGUAUCGUCAUCCUGCUCCUCCCAAGAGCGCCUUCACCAGCUACCUUAUCAGCCCACUGUGGAUGAGUUGCAUUUCCUUUCCAAGCAUUUUGGCAGCACUGAAAGCAUUACUGAUGAUGAUGGGGGGCGGCGGUCUCCUGCUGUACGGCCCCGGUCCCGGAGCCUCAGCCCGGGCCGGUCUCCAUCCUCCUAUGACAAUGAGAUAGUAAUGAUGAAUCAUGUUUACAAGGAGCGAUUCCCCAAGGCCACGGCACAAAUGGAAGAGAAACUGCAAGAUUUCAUUAAGAGCUAUGAGCCAGACAGUGUGUUGCCCUUGGCGGACGGGGCGCUCAGUUUCAUCCACCACCAGGUCAUUGAGCUGGCACGAGACUGUUUAGCCAAGUCCCAGGAAGGCCUCAUAACCACUGUCUACUUCUACGAGCUGCAGGAGAACAUGGAAAAGCUGCUGAAAGAUGCCUACGAACGCUCCGAGAGUGAGGAGGUGACCUUUGUCACUCAGCUGGUGAAGAAGCUACUCAUUAUCAUCUCUCGUCCAGCUCGCCUACUGGAAUGCCUGGAGUUUAAUCCUGAGGAGUUCUACCACCUGUUGGAAGCGGCUGAGGACCAUGCCAAAGAGGGACACCUGGUGAAGACAGACAUCCCUCGCUACAUCAUCAGCCAGCUGGGACUCACCCGAGACCCCUUCCCAGAUGUGCUGUAUGUGGAGGAGCACGAUAGCGGAGGAUCCAACACACCUGAGACAGAGGAGUUCACGGAGAGUCGUGGAACUACUCCAAAGCCAAAGAAGCCACCAGGAGAAGGAGACUUUGAAACUAUUAAACUUAUAAGCAACGGAGCAUAUGGAGCUGUGUAUCUGGUGCGGCAUAAAGAGACCCGCCAGCGCUUUGCCAUGAAGAAGAUCAACAAGCAAAACCUCAUCUUGCGCAACCAGAUCCAGCAGGCCUUUGUGGAGCGCGACAUUCUGACGUUUGCAGAGAACCCCUUUGUGGUCAGCAUGUUCUGCUCUUUCGAGACCAAGCGCUACCUCUGCAUGGUCAUGGAGUAUGUCGAAGGCGGGGACUGUGCCACACUGUUGAAGAACAUAGGGGCACUCCCCGUAGAGAUGGCCCGCAUGUACUUUGCUGAGACCGUCCUUGCCCUGGAGUAUCUGCACAACUAUGGCAUCGUCCACCGUGACCUCAAACCUGACAACCUACUCAUCACUUCCAUGGGACACAUCAAGUUGACCGACUUUGGUCUCUCCAAGAUGGGGUUGAUGAGUCUCACCACCAACCUGUAUGAAGGUCACAUUGAGAAGGAUGCCCGGGAGUUUCUAGACAAACAGGUGUGCGGGACCCCUGAAUACAUCGCGCCUGAAGUGAUCCUUCGUCAAGGUUACGGGAAGCCAGUGGAUUGGUGGGCUAUGGGCAUCAUCCUUUACGAGUUCCUGGUGGGCUGCGUGCCCUUCUUUGGAGACACCCCUGAGGAGCUCUUUGGCCAGGUCAUCACUGAUGACAUCUUGUGGCCAGAAGGGGAGGAGGCGCUCCCAGCUGACGCUCAGCAUCUCAUCUCCUGCCUCCUGCAGACUAACCCCCUCCUCCGCCUGGGGGCAGGUGGUGCCUAUGAGGUGAAGCAGCACGCCUUCUUCAAAGAUCUGGACUGGAAUGGGCUUCUGAGGCAGAAGGCGGAGUUCAUCCCCCACCUAGAGUCCGAGGAAGACACCAGCUACUUUGACACUCGCUCCGAUCGUUAUCACCACAUCAACUCAUAUGACGACGACGACACAACAGAAGACGAACCAGUGGAGAUACGGCAGUUUUCGUCUUGCUCGCCCAGAUUCAGCAAGGUGUACAGCAGCAUGGAGCACCUGUCCCAGCACGAGCAGAAAACCCCAGGCGUCACCAAGCGGGACCAGAGCAACAAGCACAAGGACGAGAAGUUGAGCAAACGGGAAUCCCUGGGCAGCUUCACCCUCCGAGACAAGAGCUGGCGCACCAACUCCCCGGAAAUGAAGCGCCUCUCGGCCUCCGAGUCGUCGUACACCGAGAGCGAUUCGAGCCCCCCGUUGGGCGCCCGCCGGCGCUUCUCGGCCCUGAUGGACACCAGCCGUUUUGCCGUGCCGCUGGAAAGUGACAACGAGACCCUUGGCAAGGGCCCUGUGAAGGCACCUGCAGAAAACUGGCCCACGGGGCCUGCACCACCAGCCGAAGGCAAGGAGAGCAAGGAGGGAGCAGCAGGCGAUGCCAGGCAGGUUCCUGCCCUGGUGGAGGCUGAAGCAGGCGAUAAAUCAAAAGCGGGUGAGCUACAGCCCCCAAAGGAGCUGGACCCAUCAGCCCCCAAAGCUACCAAUGACUUGGUGCUGCGUCGGGCCCGGCACCAGCAGCUCUCAGGGGACUCCACGGCUGAGAAGCGCAGCUCCCGCACAGGGGGCAAGGUCAUCAAAUCUGCCUCAGCUACUGCGCUGUCCGUCAUUAUCCCCACAGUGGAACAGCACAGCAGCUCCCCACUGGCCAGCCCCAUGUCUCCCCGGUCACUCUCCUCUAACCCAUCGUCCCGAGAUUCCUCGCCAUCGCGGGACUAUUCACCAGCCGUCACAAGCCUGCGCUCGCCCAUUGCCAUCCAGCGUUCCGGGAAGAAGUACGGUUUCACCCUGCGCGCCAUCCGGGUGUACAUGGGGGAUAGCGAUGUCUAUAGCGUCCACCACAUCGUCUGGCACGUGGAGGAAGGGGGUCCAGCCCACGAAGCCGGCCUCUGUGCAGGAGACCUCAUCACCCACGUCAACGGAGAGCCAGUGCACGGGCUGGUGCACACGGAAGUGGUGGAACUCAUCCUGAAGAGUGGAAACAAGGUGAUGGUGACCACCACGCCCUUUGAGAACACCUCCAUCCGGAUCGGGCCGGCCCGCAAGAGCAGCUACAAGUCCAAGAUGGCCAGGAGAAACAAGAGGAGCACCAGCAAAGAAGGGCAAGAGAGUAAGAAGCGCAGCUCCCUGUUCCGCAAGAUCACCAAGCAGUCGAACCUGCUGCACACCAGCCGUAGCUUGUCGUCCCUGAACCGCUCGCUGUCCUCCAGCGACAGCUUGCCCGGCUCGCCCACCCAUGGUUUGAGUGCCCGCUCGCCCACCCAGAGCCUGCGCUCCACCCCCGACUCUGCCUACCUAGGUGCCUCUUCGCAAAGCAGCUCCCCGGCUUCCAGCACCCCCAAUUCGCCAGCCACCUCGUCCCACCACAUGCGGCCCAGCACGCUGCACGGCUUGUCCCCCAAGCUGCACCGCCAGUACCGCUCUGCCCGCUGCAAGUCGGCUGGAAACAUCCCCCUCUCGCCUCUGGCGCACACCCCCUCGCCCACCCAGUCCUCCCCGCCGCCCCUGCCCGGCCACACCGUGGGCAGCUCCAACACCACCCAGAGCUUCCCGGCCAAACUCCACUCUUCCCCGCCUGUGGUGCGGCCCCGGCCCAAGAGCGCCGAACCCCCCCGCUCCCCGCUCCUGAAGCGGGUGCAGUCGGCGGAGAAACUGGGCUCCCCGCUAAGCUCGGAGAAGAAGGUGGUGGUGAGGAAGCAUAGCCUGGAGGUGGUGCACUCCGAAUACCGCAAAGACUUCUACGGGGAGCCUGGCCUCCACAGCCUGGCUGAGUCGGACGGCGAGAGCCCCAGCGAAUCCGGGACCCCCAAGCCACUGGCCACCCGGCGCCUCGGCCGGCAGGAGUCCCCGCUGAGCUUUGGGGCGGGGGACGGGGAAGCCGCCGCGGAGGCCGGUGCCAAGGGCCGCGGGCCGGAAUCUCUGCUCGGGGACUGCCGGCGGAGCCAAGCCGUGCAGACCGAGGAAGCCUUUGGAGGAGCGAACCGGGCCCUGGCUAAAGCCCUGAGCCCCGUCCAAGAGCACGAGCAAGGGCGGAAGGGAAGCGGGGAAGCGGAGGUGGGCCCGCGGGGGCCGGUCCCCAUUGUCCUGGAGCCCAAGGAGAGCCAAGAGCCCGGCCCUCUGGGAAAGCCGGCCUCGGAGCCCUCCCAGGACAAGGCCGGCUCGCCCAAGGAGAAGUGGAUCUUGGAGGUGGUGGAAGAGCACACCACGCUGGGCCCCUGCGCCAAGACCCCCAGCUGCCUGUGCCCGGAGGGGACCAGGAACGGACUGAAGCGAGGCUCGGCCGAGGCGAAGGGCAAGCGGGCGAAAGAAGAGGGGCCCGUGCUGGGGCCAGGGAGCAAGUGUGCAGGAGACGCCCCCCGGCCCUCCCCUCCUGCACUGGAGAAAAAGGGGGCCGCGCACUGA